AUGAUGCAGCCAACAAUCGACGGGAUCAGAAGUCAGAAGAACGAGUCGCUCGAGCGAGUUCAGGAGUCGCUGCAGCAGUACCAAGAGCUCAUAGUCACCGACGACAGAGCCAAGGUGGACGACCUACGUUACCGCAUCGACUCUCUCAUCUCCAGGCACGAGGAGUCGCAGACGGCAGCUGACAUGCAGCUGCUGCAAGUGGACUCGGUUGCGGACCGAAGAUUGCGGCGGGUUGAGGACCUGUCCUCCUCCGACGAGAACCUCAACAUCGUGCAGUUCGAGCAGAUGGUGAUGGCGGGGGCAGCCAGCCAUGUAGAGAGGCUGAGGAUGGAGAUGAAGACGUUCUACAGCAAGAUGAUGGAGUCUGUGAUGAAGAUGCGGGCAGAAAGAACCGAUGCGAGCUCGGUACAUGAGGCCAUGGCGGAGAGCCCCGGAGUGAGGUCGGUGGAGCGCCAGAGAUCUGUGGGGCAGAUAGAGAGGCAUGCGGAGUUUGUCACAGGGAAGGAGGAGAAGCUGGAGGAGAGGAUCAAGGUGAUGGAGCAGGAGAACAGGGAAGCGAGGAGGAGGUGCCUUGUGCUGGAGGCCGUCAGGGACUCUGCGAUAGGACAGCUGGAAGAGGCCUGGCAGAGGCACAUUAUACUGGUGAAGCAGCUCUUGUCGGCUCAGCAGGGGGGUCUGGAUCCAGCGACCGAGAAGCUACUUGACUUGCAGCACGAGCUGCAGAAGGAGUCGGCGGCAAAGGACGCGCUCAUCGCACAGCUGGACGCGGACAUGAAGCAGCUGACGCUGGAGAAGGAGGAAGCGGAGGAGAGUAACGCGCAGCUCAAGAAGCGCGUCAAAAGCCUUCGAGCAGCAUCGAGUUUGACCGCGAGGCUGGCGCAGCAGCUGCAGCAGCGAAAGCAGGAGAGUGAAGGGCAGGGAGAGGGAACGGGGCUGGAGCCCUCGCAGUCAUGGAGGAGCUUCGAGGCGCUGGAGAGGAACAGAAACCUGUCGCAAUCGAGCACCACGACUAGGGACCUCAACGUCCUCAGCGCUCUCGACAUGGGUGAAGAUGAAGUUCACGACGACAAGCUCUCCUCCAUCGCGAGCUUCUCCCGCUCCCACCGACCUAAUGCGCCUCCCCAGACCCUCUCGGGACACGGGAGCAUGCACAGCCAGCAACCCACUGCUUCCCAGGUACCGCAGUCGCCUCCGAGUCGAUCCCCUCCCUCCAUCUCGAGCAUCGAGUUCUGGCGGGAUCAGGUAGCGGAAGGCGACCAGGAGCGAGCUCAGAGGUAUCUGGACUACAUCACAGACGCCAUCGUUGGAAACCAAGAAGAACAAGCGGCUGACAUACCCAAGUUGAUCACAAAGAUUCUUUCUCCUGCCAUGGCAGCGCCCGACCACCAGCACAGUCCCGAGGAGAGAGUUGAAGCUGCGCGGGACGAGAAGGUGGAAGCGACUCUCGCUCUGUUCCAGAGCGAUCGAGACGUACAUGUGUACGGCUCGGAGUACUACAAGAGCAUCUGCACCAAGAUGUUUGAGAUAUACAGGCAGACCGACAAGCACACAAUGACGACACGACAGGCCAUAGCGCUCAACUCAAGGCAGGGGCAGCAGCAGCAGAGGAGAGACACGAUUGUUGAGAUCUUCGAGAAGAUGAAGUUCAACCGACAAACGACUUUGAGCUUCCUUGACCUGCUCCUCGAUGCCGUGAGACGGAGCAAGGAACAACCAGCGGAGGAGGAGAAGGAGGAAGGGACAGGCUCUGCCUUGAGCCCCAUCUUAGGGACCUCGAGCUCGGGGACAGCCAGCAGCGAAGAGACGAAGGGAGAGGAGAGGAAGAAGCAGAUCUCCAGGCGCACAACAUGGGGUGGAAUCCGUGCAGGGAGAAACGGAAAGCUGAUGACCCCGAGGACGAGGAGUCAUAACUCGCUUUCAAGCCAACCAGCUACCCCGAAGCUCUCGCCCAGUCGCAGCUCGCAGUUGCCGGUGGCGCUGGUUCCAGACGAAGGGGUGCAGAGGACGGAGAGCGGCAGGAUGGAGGGGCAGCAGAGGCAGGAGGAGCAAGAGGAGCAGAAGGAGCUAGCUGCCAGAGGGUCUCGCUGCUCCGCAUGCUUCCGCUGCCAGCUGAGCUUGACGCAGUUCCUCCUUCAAGAGACGAACCAUCUCCAUGAUGCCCGGAGCUGCUCGGAAGACCAACGAGCAAGGUCGAACCCUCUUACCACCUUGCUCGUCCUUAGCUCCCUUGACCUGAUCCUCUCCAGACGGGAAGAUGCGGAGAUCGACUCAAUCGUUCCCUGCCUCCCCCAGGCCCUCAAGAUCGCAGGAGAGUCUCCAAGAGCCAGAAGAAUCGUCUCUUCCCGAGGACAGAAGCUUUCAGUUCCCGACCCUCAUCCUCCUGUCAUCAUGGAAGAGCCCUCGACUUGA